GUGAUAUUGUAGUUUUUAAACAAAAUGCGUAGACUUGAAUUACUGGUGGUUUUGGUCAUUUUGGGCUUCGUGUAUUGUGAGGAUGCAUUAUACACAAAUAAAUAUGAUUCUAUCGAUUAUCGGGAAAUUUUACAGAGUGAACGGUUGUUGAAAAAUUAUUAUAAUUGUCUUAUGGAUAAGGGACCUUGCACAGCAGAUGGAAAGGAUUUGAAAAACGUAUUACCCGAUGCUCUAAAAACAGAAUGUGCCAAAUGCAACGAAAAACAGAAAGAGGCAGCCAAGGAAGUCGUCGAUUUUAUUAUCAAAAACAAACACGAUUGGUGGAACGAUCUGCAGGCAAAGUACGACCCAGAUGGCAUUUAUAAAGAAAAAUACAAAGACAGAUGGCUGGAAAUGGGAUACACGAUAUAAAAUAAAUAAUACUUUUUUGCGAGAAAUACAAAUUUGAAGAAAUAUUACACCUUUUUUAGCAAUCUUUUCGAAAUAAUUUAAAAAAGAUGUUUUGGAAAAAAUGUAAUUAAAUAUUGACGUUGAACAAA